GGCGCUCGCCUGGCGCAGCGCGGGGCUGGAGGCGCAGCCUGCUGGGAGGCGGCGCGAUGGCGGGCUCUGCGGGUCUCUCCUCGUCGCCGAGCUCCCCCGCCGUCAGAGAGCUGUGCAAGAACGCGCGGGACACCUUCCUGGAGGCCUCUCGGCUGCUCCUCACCUACGCGGACAACAUCUUGCGGAAUCCUUAUGAAGAAAAAUACAGAUCGAUUCGAAAUGGAAAUCCAGCGUUUUCCACGAGGUUGUUGCCCGUCAGGGGAGCGGUUGAGUGUUUGUUUGAGAUGGGAUUUCAGGAGGGAGAAACUCACAUGGUUUUCCCUAAGGAGGCAUCUAUUGAGCAACUACGUAAAGUCAGAGAUCUAAUUGCUGUAGAGAGGAGUAGCAGGCUGAAUGAGUCGAAUCAAGUCCACAGAUCAGCAUCUUCUGAAACUGUAGCCAUCACUCAGGCAAUUGCACAUCAGCCUUCAAGACCUGCUGGCUCUGUUCCUACCCCUGACCAUCAGCAGCCGGAACCAUCACUUCUGCAGUCUCUCAAAAUGGCUGCAGAUAUCCUGACAACACUUCAAAGCAAAUGUGACCAUCUUAUAUUAGCGUAUGAGAGUACUUCUCUUCAGCAGAAAGCACUGGCUUUGAUUCCCCUUCAGCAAUUGAAAGAGAAGGCUCAGAGAAAGCUAGCACAAGCUACCAGACUGGACAAAGGUGAACAUGUGAAUGAAGAGGACUUCUUGUUGUUGGAGCUCUUGAACUGGUUUAAGAAUGACUUCUUUCAUUGGGUAGAUAAUCUGCCUUGCAGCAGGUGUGGUGGUCAGACUGAAGGUAAAAGAGACUACCUGUCACCAACUGAUGAUGAUCUAAGGUGGAAUGCUGAUAGAGUGGAAAAUCAUUACUGCAGCCAGUGUCAGUUCUGUAAUAGAUUCCCAAGGUAUAAUAAUCCAGAGAAACUUCUGGAAACCAGACGUGGACGCUGUGGCGAGUGGGCUAACUGUUUUACACUGUGUUGCAGAGCUGUGGGGUUUGAAGCUAGAUAUGUCAGGGAUUGGACAGAUCAUGUAUGGACUGAAGUAUAUUCUGCGUCUCAGAAAAGAUGGCUUCACUGUGAUCCCUGUGAAAAUGUCUGCGAUAAACCUCUCCUCUAUGAAAUUGGUUGGGGAAAGAAGCUCUCCUACGUAAUUGCGUUCUCCAAAGAUGAGGUUGUUGAUGUCACGUGGAGAUACAGCUGUAAGCAUCAGGAAGUACUCGCUAGAAGGACAGCACUCAGUGAAGCUAAACUGCGUGAAACAAUUAAUGCAAUCAAUAAAAAGAAACAACAAUCUUUGUCAGAAGGCAGAAGAAAAGAGCUCUUGGAAAGAACAAUUGUGGAACUUGCUGAGUUCAUUUCUCCUAAAACACCUAAACCCGGGGAAUUUGGUGGAAGGACAUCAGGUUCAAUGGCUUGGAGAAUAGCCAGAGGUGAAACUGGUUCAGAGGAGAGAAAAGAAGUGAUUUUUAUUCCCUCUGAAAAAGAGAAGGCUUCUAAACUUUUCCACCUCAUGUACAAUGUUGUAGAAGAUAGUUAUACACGGAUUUCCAAUAAUAAUGAACAAAUAACUGGCUGGGGAACAGGUAUUUGGAAGGCAGAGUCUAUUGCGAGAAAGGUUGAAACAGAUUGGAAGAUGGUUUAUUUAGCCAGAAAAGAGGGGUCAUCCUCUGCUUCCAUCAGCUGGAAGUUCGAGUGCAAAUCAGUUGGUCUAAAAAUAGAUAACAUUUCAAUUAGGACAAGCAGUCAGACAUUUCACAGUGGAAGAAUCAAGUGGAGACUUUACUCUCCCACAGCAGAAGUUAUUCUGGUAGGAGAUAACAGUCUCUCCUCCUAUUCAGAUUUUUGUGGUGCAACAGAAGUUACACUGGAAGCAACUCUAAGUGGAGGGGAUGGUAAAGCUGCGUGGCAACACACACAGCUGUUCAGAAACAGCUUAGCAGGAUGUGGAGAAAAUUGCUUGGAGAUGAUUAUAAAACUUGCUGACCUCUGAGAACCUGAAGUAAAGUGAACUUCAUUGGAUUCCUUGAAGAUGCCAUACUGUGGAUAUAACACAAAGUCUUGGUUGGCAGUUCCUGACUAUCCUGCAGACAGCUUAUUCCCGUUUCAAUCCUUCCAUUUUGCCAAAUGGAAACUGCACGGGUUCUGAAUAGGUAACCAUCAAAAUGAAAGCCUUCUUUGCUUUGAAACUCAAAAAUUAAGGGGUUGAUCCAUUAAAUUAAUGCUAUUUCCAUAAACUGUAAAGAAAAGAAAGCGUUUCUUAGAAACCAAAAUGUGAUCAUAGGAGCUCAGAGCAAUUUUAAGUUGGAGUUUUGUGGUUGGCUUACUGGUUGUUGGGGUUUUUGUUUUCUUUUUUUUUAAUCUACGUCUUGCAAAAACAAUGUGAAUUCCAUUUUCUGAUUACAAAAAAUGCAUUGUGAUGAUUUUAAAAUAUUUUUAAAAUUAAUAGACAAAUAUUUUCAAGGAAAGAUCUGAUUUUUGUGUAACAAUUAGCUGAAAUUAAGAGAAAUAUGAUAGCAAUCUUAAAAUGAUCUUAUUGUACAUCUAAGUAUUAAACUUAUGUUUGAUACAUAGAAAUAUUUGGGGUAUGAUAAUAGAUUAAUUUUGAAAGAAAUGUUCAUUAUGUACCUAAGAUUUUAUCCUGGCUUGUGAUAUGAAAUCAAGACUUAAAAAUGAUUAUCAGAUUUUUUUCUAUGAAAAAGAUCAUUCAUUAUACAUACUCUUUUACAAUAUAAAUUCAAAUCUAUGCACCUUUAAAAAAGAUUUAUGUAGUGUGUAGGUGUUGAAAUCAUUUUUUAAGCUAACGUCUUGAGGUGCUUUGAAUGCUGUUCCCAAAUUUAGUGUAAAAGUGUAACAAAGUCAUAUACUGUAUACAAUGUUUAAGUUUCUUUGCAUUGGGUAUAAUAAAACCGCCACCCAGGAGAUUUCAGAUGUAGCAGUGCUGUGAAUAAAGUAUGGAUUGAACGUUCA